CACCCGUCGGUCGAGCUUCGUGCUCACUUAAAGGAAUUUCAAACACGCCUCGAUCUAAGCUCUGCGCAGGCGUCGGCAGACUACGCGGGUACAUUUUAGGCGAUGAAAAUUCAACCGGGUGCUCGAGCGGUCGUCUCGUCAGUUAGAGUUCUUAUGCGCGGCUAGACACAUGCGGCAAAUUCAUCUUAAGUGAAAACCGCUUUCAAUUUUCUCCGGUAAAACGCAAUAUAAAUGAUGUUCAGAUUCAAAGAAAAAACGUGUUCUUCGUUUAAUCUCAUGUUAUUUUGGUAAUUCGAUGUAAAAACAGCUGACAUUUGGAGUGUUUUUUUCAAUUAUUAGUGCAAAUAUUUAAAGAAAUGCAGUAUAAGUUAUUUCCAUCGAUCAUUGAGUUAAUGUGCAAUACAAUUAUUAUAAGCAGUGUGUCAAACAAGCAGCCUGCAAGAUAAUGGCUAGUUAACCAUGAUAUUAGUGCCGCAAUUCGUGUACGAAAAUUCGACCGAUUGGUCAUGAGACAGGGCUGGGUAAAUGUUCAAGAUUUUAUUUCAAUGUCAAUCAACGUCACAGAACCACCAAAUCGGCAAAAUCAGCCUGGCACACAACCCUGUCUCAGCUUUGGACAGGCCUUGAGUCAAUUUGUUAACAACAGCGACUUCAGAAUAAGUAGCUGCCAUCGCCAUCAUUUCAGCUUCCUUUUGUAUAAAACCACAAAAGUCCGUGAUGAAUUUGACGACGGCUGCCACAACUGCUCUGGCACUGAGCAUCAACAGUAGUAACGGCUGCUUCCCGGAGGAUACGGCCAAUUCCCAGCUGGACGAUAUCGACGAAGAAGACUUUGCCAUCAUUCAAAAUGUCGUGUCCAUCAUCGUGCCAAUAAUAUUUGGCCUCAUAGGCAUCCUCGGUUUCCUUGGCAAUACGACGGUCAUAGUGCUCAUAUCGGCCAAUCCGAUUAUGCACUCGACCACCAACAUACUCAUUAUAAAUUUAGCCGUGGCUGAUCUGCUCUUCGUGAUAUUCUGCAUCCCCUUUACCGCGACAGACUUUGUCAUGCCCUACUGGCCGUUUGGUAACGUCUGGUGCAAGUGUGUGCAGUACAUCAUAAUAGUCACAGCUGCAGCCAGCGUUUACACGCUCGUGCUCAUGAGCAUCGACAGGUAUCUGGCAGUCGUGCAUCCGGUCAACUCGAUAUCCUGGCGGACGGCGAAGAACGCGGCUUUUUCCAUCGGUGCACUUUGGAUUCUCAUACUGACGGUGUCGAUACCGGUGCUCAUGAUUCACGGCGAGCAUGAAGUUUACGAAAAAUUGAACGUAACCGAGUUGAAGCGCUGCUCGAGUCAAUUGCCGUUCGAAGAGAAGGAAGAAGCGGUGGCGAGAACACCCCCCGUAGCCGCAGCACCUCCACUUGAAGCAGCGGAAUCAAAGCCUUCGUUUAUACCGACGGUUUGCAGUAUAUUGUCGGAGGAAGACUGGCCUGCAUUCCAGAUAACUUUUUUCACGGUGAGCUUCGUCGUGCCGUUGAUGCUUAUCACCGUGCUCUACGUGCUUAUGCUCGUGCGGCUUUACAAGGUGUCGCGAGUCAGCGCCGAGAGUCGCCGAGGCCGUAAGCGCGUCACGAGCUUGGUGCUCAUCGUCGUUGGUGUGUUCGCCGUUUGUUGGUGCCCCAUACAGAUUAUUUUAGUGGUAAAGUCCGUGAAGGCUUACCCCUUGACGUCCGAAACAAUAGUUAUACAAAUAAUCAGUCACGUGCUUGCUUACGCCAACAGCUGCGUCAAUCCUUUUCUAUACGCCUUCCUCAGUGAAAAUUUUCGUAAAGUCUUCUUCAAGGCGGUCAAGUGUCGCUAUUGCAAAGACGACCCGGAAUCACACAACCUGAAUAAUAUAGCUUCGACGACCAAGGUGACAACGAGGGGCUGCAGUUCUGUCGACAUUUUAUAGGAUAGUUCAGUCGUCACGUCGAUUUUCCACCUACCGGAAACGAAUACGGAGUCUCUAGUGUGAAGGAGGAAAAUACGAGGAAAAUC